UUGUUUUAGACAAGACAGCGUACUUUGUGAAGAUGGAGGACAAGGUCAGUGGAAAUACAGCUGUUGAAGCCGCCGAGAGUAACGUCGCUGUUACUAAGAAGGCCAGUAAAAGUAAGGUUAAGUCGCAGCAGAAGAAAAUAUCGUCGCGGCCACCAACCAGCGAGAUGGUGACAGCAGCUAUCAAAGAGCUGAAAGAUCGCAAAGGCUCGUCUUUCCAGGCGAUCAAGAAAUACGUAGUGUCGACCUACAAAGUGGACGGCGAGAAGGUUGCUCCGUUUAUCAAGCGAUACCUGAAGACCGCCGUUUCGGCAGGUGCUCUCGUGCAGACUAAAGGUAAAGGUGCUACCGGCUCUUUCAAAUUAUCAACAGACAAGCCUAAGCCCACCAAAUCAAAGGGAAAGGCGCAACGUGCCUUAAGCAAUUCGCGCGUAUUCGCUGACGCGAAGAAGGACGCACAGGCAGAAAAGGCUCCGCGGAAACCAGCUGCCGCAAAGAAAACUACCACCGCUAAGAAAGCUGCGGCCAGUCCGAAGAAACCAGCCGCUCAGAAGGCUGUGGCGAAGACUACCGGGAAAAAGGGCAAGGCUGCCACGGAAUCCAAGUCACCAUCAAAGGCGAAGAAGACGGUUAAAGCACCUGCAGCGAAAACAAAAACACCCAAGCCGAAGAAAGCGAAAACUGUGAAGGCUGCAAAAAAAUAAUUCUCUGUUGAAUGCACUCACUCUGCAGUCAAAUGGCCCUUUUCAGGGCCCAAAUUAUUUCUAACGAGGAAUAACUCAAAUGCUCGCUAUUUUUAUCUCGCUUUAUU